AGCUUCAGGCAUUGACAGAUCCCUGGCCCACCCUUCCUUAAUCAGUAGGUCCAUCUGGACGCACAAACAAGAAAGGAGGUCUCAGACUCUAGGGGUCCCCAACCUGUUAUGAUCUUCAGGGGACAAGCACUCCUGGGGUGUCACAGGAUUCAGGCCUGGAAGUUGGAAGCCUGUGUUCUUGUGAUGGUCUUGCCAUUGGCUCUGCUGUGGUCCUCUGGGUCUCAUUCUGCUCAUCUGUAUAAGAGGACAAGGAUGGUGGAAGUGGAUGUGACUAUCUGAAAGGAUCCUGGCUCUUAGCAGCUCAAGCCACAAAGGCUUUUGUUUGUUUGCAAUGCUGCGGAUUGAACCCAGGGCCUCAGACAUGCUAGACAAGCCCUUGCCAUAGACCCUGAGAAGCAGCCAGUGCUGUGACCUCCCAUCCCUGCAGGACUGACCGGUGCUGCUCACAUGCAAUAAUUAACAGCUGAGUGGCCUUCGCCCAAUCUCAGCCUCCAUUCCUGGGCUCCAUUCCCACUGCCUGCUCCACGGCCCCGUCUCCUAGGCCACUAAACCUCAGUCGUCUGCAAAGGGAGUCUAGAGCAGAGCCGAAGCCUGAGCCAGUCUGAGAGCUGCCUCCGUUCCCAGGAGUUGAAGACACACCUGGUGCUCCAGCAGGACUGAUUGCCCUGGCCUGGACUCGCCGCCGCCGCAGGUCACAGGUCUGGCAUGGCUCACCUGAUGACCGUGCCGCGGCUGCUCCUGCUGUUAUGGGUGGCCCACUGUGCCGCAUCAAGAGCCACGCGGGCCAGAGCCGACCUGCUCAAUGUUUGCAUGGAUGCCAAGCACCACAAAGAAAAACCAGGCCCCGAGGACAAUUUACACAACCAGUGUAGUCCCUGGAAGAAGAAUUCCUGCUGUUCCACCAACACAAGCCAGGAAGCCCAUAAGGACAUUUCCUACCUGUACCGAUUCAACUGGGACCACUGUGGGACGAUGGCAGCAGAAUGCAAACGGCACUUUAUCCAAGACACCUGCCUCUAUGAAUGCUCUCCUAACCUGGGACCUUGGAUCCAGCAGGUGGACCAGAGCUGGCGCAAGGAGCGAAUCCUUGACGUUCCCCUGUGCAAAGAGGACUGCCAGCAGUGGUGGGAGGAUUGCCGCACCUCCUCCACCUGCAAGAGCAACUGGCACAAGGGGUGGGACUGGACCUCAGGGUAUAACCAGUGCCCUGUGGGAGCCUCCUGCCACCCCUUCCACUUCUACUUUCCCACACCUGCUGCUCUGUGUGAGGAAAUCUGGACUCACUCCUACAAACUCAGCAACUACAGCCGGGGGAGCGGCCGCUGCAUCCAGAUGUGGUUCGACCCAGCGCAAGGCAACCCCAACGAGGAGGUGGCGAGGUUCUAUGCUGAGGCCAUGAGUAGAGCUGGGCUCCACGGGGCCUGGCCACUAGCGUGUAGCCUGUCCUUAAUGCUGUUCUGGGUGUUCAGCUGAGUUCCCUUUACCUUCUGAUGCCUAGGGAGCGCCCUGCCUGGCUUAGCCUCCCAGCUCCCAGCCUCCUUUGUGGUGGGGCCUCUGACAGCCUGUUUAAAUAAACCAGACAUUCAACAUC